AGGUAGAGAGAGAGUGCAAGCAGGACUGGGGGGUAGAGUGGGGGUUAGAGAAAGAGACCGUGGUGGGGAAAAGGGGAGAGCGCGCGAGACUGAAUGGAAGACUAAAAGACAGAUAGGUAGCAAGAUAAACAGAUAGAUAGGUAGCUAGGUAGAUAGAUAGAAAGAGUUGGUUGCUCCAUAGUACGGCGGCUCGCAAGGGAGAAUCCCAAGAGAGCUCCGAGACUGGAGGGGAUGGUGUGCGGUGCGGCGGCGGCGGCGGCGGCAGCGGCAGCGGCAGCGUCUUCAUCUCUCCUCCGGGCGUGUGCCCAGCACUGAUUUCUCCCCGGGGCCGCGCAGAUCCCGCCCGGAGAUGAGGCUUCUACUAGCUAGCUAAAAGUGACAGAACCAUGGCUCAAUUUCCGACAUCUUUUGGUGGCAGCCUGGAUAUUUGGGCCAUAACUGUAGAAGAAAGAACAAAGCAUGAUCAGCAGUUCCAUAGUCUCAAGCCAACAUCUGGUUUUAUUACUGGUGAUCAAGCCAGAAACUUUUUUUUUCAAUCUGGGUUACCUCAACCUGUUUUAGCACAGAUAUGGGCACUAGCUGACAUGAACAAUGAUGGGAGAAUGGAUCAGAUAGAAUUUUCUAUAGCAAUGAAACUUAUCAAACUGAAGCUACAAGGUUAUCAGCUACCUGCUACACUUCCUCCGGUCAUGAAACAGCAACCUGUUGCUAUUUCUGGUGCACCCACAUUUGGUAUAGGAGGCAUUGCCAGCAUGUCGUCUCUUACAACUGUUGCUCCGGUACCAAUGGGAUCAAUUCCAGUAGUAGGAAUGUCCCCACCUCUUGUAUCUUCUGUUCCUACAACAGCAGUUCCUCCCCUGGCUAAUGGAGCUCCUUCUGUUAUACAACCUCUGCCAGCUUUUGCCCAUCCUGCCACUUUGCCAAAGAGUUCUUCUUUUAGUAGAUCUGGUCCAGGUUCACAGUUAAGUACAAAACUACAGAAGGCACAAUCAUUUGAUGUGGCUAGUGCCUCUCCUGUGGCAGAAUGGGCUGUCCCUCAGUCAUCAAGAUUGAAAUAUAGGCAAUUAUUCAAUAGCCAUGACAAAACAAUGAGUGGACAUCUAACAGGUCCCCAAGCAAGAACUAUUCUUAUGCAAUCAAGUUUACCACAGACUCAGCUGGCUACAAUAUGGAAUCUUUCAGAUAUUGAUCAAGAUGGAAAAUUAACAGCAGAAGAAUUUAUUCUGGCAAUGCACCUAAUUGAUGUGGCUAUGUCUGGCCAACCCUUACCACCAGUACUGCCUCCAGAAUAUAUUCCUCCUUCAUUUAGAAGGGUUCGCUCUGGCAGUGGCAUAUCUGUUAUAAGCUCUGUAUCAGUAGACCAAAGGUUACCAGAGGAACCAGUGUUAGAAGAGGAACAGCAACAGCUGGAAAAGAAAUUACCUGUGACUUUUGAAGAUAAAAAACGUGAAAAUUUUGAACGAGGCAAUCUAGAACUUGAAAAGAGAAGACAAGCUCUAUUAGAACAGCAGCGUAAAGAACAGGAGCGCCUAGCACAGCUGGAACGGGCUGAGCAGGAAAGGAAAGAACGAGAACGUCAAGAACAAGAGCGAAAAAGGCAGGUAGAACUGGAAAAACAGCUGGAAAAACAGCGGGAACUGGAACGUCAGAGGGAAGAAGAGAGGAGGAAAGAAAUUGAAAGACGUGAGGCUGCAAAAAGAGAACUUGAAAGACAACGACAACUUGAGUGGGAACGGAAUCGGCGACAAGAAUUAUUGAAUCAAAGAAACAAGGAGCAAGAAGACAUAGUUGUUCUGAAAGCAAAGAAGAAGACAUUGGAAUUUGAAUUAGAAGCUCUAAAUGAUAAAAAACAUCAACUGGAAGGAAAACUUCAAGAUAUCAGGUGUCGAUUAGCCAUGCAAAGGCAAGAAAUUGAAAGCACAAACAAAUCCAGAGAACUUAGAAUUGCUGAAAUCACCCACCUGCAGCAACAAUUACAGGAAUCUCAGCAAAUGCUUGGAAGGCUGAUUCCUGAAAAACAGUUACUCAAUGACCAAUUAAAACAAGUUCAACAAAACAGUUUGCACAGAGAUUCACUUCUUACACUUAAAAGAGCCUUAGAAGCAAAAGAGCUUGCUCGUCAGCAGCUGAGAGACCAGUUGGAUGAAGUUGAGAAAGAAACUAGAUCAAAGCUACAGGAGAUUGAUAUUUUCAAUAAUCAGCUAAAGGAACUUAGAGAAAUACAUAACAGGCAACAGCUCCAAAAACAAAAGAAUUUAGAGGCGGAAAGAUUGAAACAGAAAGAAAAAGAGAGGAAAACAAUAGAGUUAGAAAAGCAAAAAGAGGAAACCCAAAGACGUUCACAAGAUAAGCAAUGGCUUGACCGAGUUCAACAGGAUGAAGAAUAUCAACGGCCAAAAAAAAUCCAUGAUGAAGAGAAAUUAAGGGAAGAACCAGUCAAAAAAAAAGAUGGUGAGGAAAAAGGCAAGCAGGAAAUGAAAGAUAAGCUGAAUAAGCUUUUCCAGCAACACCAAGAACCCGCUAAGCCCAUUCUCCAGACACCUAGCUCAUCUACAGAAAAAGGUCCACUUACUAUUUCUACUCAAGAGGAUGUAAAGGUAGUGUAUUACCGGGCACUGUACCCUUUUGAAUCAAGGAGCCAUGAUGAAAUCACCAUUCAGCCUGGGGAUAUAGUCAUGGAACAUGAAAGAAAGAAAAACAGAAUUUUGAUUGACAUACUCACAUAUAUACAGGUGGAUGAAAGCCAAACUGGAGAACCUGGGUGGCUUGGAGGGGAAUUAAAAGGAAAGACGGGAUGGUUUCCUGCUAACUAUGCAGAGAAAAUCCCAGAGAAUGAGAUCUCCACCCCUCUGAAACCAGCAGCUGACUCUGCACCCAUGCCCACACCUAAACUUGCUUUACAUGAAACCCCAACUCCUGUGGCAACAACAUCAUCGGAAUCUUCUACAACCUCCAACAAUUGGGCAGACUUCAGCUCUACGUGGCCAACAAACACUAACGAGAAAGCAGAAACAGAUAAUUGGGAUGCAUGGGCAACCCAGCCUUCUCUUACUGUUCCAAGUGCAGGGCAGUUAAGACAAAGAUCAGCCUUUACUCCAGCUACUGUUACUGGCUCAUCACCAUCUCCUGUUUUGGGCCAGGGUGAAAAGGUAGAGGGGUUACAAGCACAAGCUUUGUACCCUUGGAGGGCCAAAAAGGACAACCAUUUAAAUUUCAACAAAAAUGAUGUCAUCACAGUCCUGGAACAGCAAGAUAUGUGGUGGUUUGGAGAAGUUCAAGGUCAAAAGGGUUGGUUCCCCAAGUCUUAUGUGAAGCUCAUUUCAGGACCCAUAAGAAAAUCAACAAGUAUGGAUUCAAGUUCUUCAGAAAGUCCCGCUGUUCUAAAGAGAGUAGCAUCACCAGCAGCUAAACUUUCAAUACCAGGAGAAGAAUAUAUUGCCAUGUACACUUAUGAGAGUUCUGAACAAGGCGAUUUAACCUUUCAGCAAGGGGAUGUGAUUUUGGUUACGAAGAAAGAUGGUGAUUGGUGGACAGGAACGGUAGCUGAUAAAUGUGGAGUCUUCCCUUCGAACUAUGUGAGGCUUAAAGACUCAGAGGCCCCUGGGACUACUGGGAAAGCAGGGAGUUUAGGAAAGAAACCUGAAAUUGCCCAAGUUAUUGCAUCUUAUACUGCUACUGGCCCUGAACAACUUACCCUGGCACCUGGACAACUAAUUUUGAUUCGAAAAAAGAAUCCAGGAGGAUGGUGGGAAGGAGAACUUCAAGCACGUGGGAAAAAGCGUCAGAUAGGCUGGUUCCCAGCUAAUUAUGUAAAACUUUUAAGUCCUGGUACCAGCAAAAUAACGCCAACAGAGCCACCUAAAUCAAUAGCACUACCUACAGUGUGCCAAGUGAUUGGUAUGUACGAUUACACUGCACAGAAUGAUGAUGAGCUGGCAUUCAACAAAGGCCAGAUCAUCAAUGUUCUAAAUAAGGAAGACCCCGAUUGGUGGAAAGGAGAAGUCAAUGGACAAGUGGGACUCUUCCCAUCCAAUUAUGUGAAAAUGACAACAGACAUGGACCCAAGCCAGCAAUGGUGUGCAGAUUUACAUCUUUUGGAUAUGUUAACACCAACUGAAAGGAAACGACAGGGAUAUAUCCAUGAGCUACUUGUUACAGAAGAGAACUAUGUCAAUGACCUUCAGUUAGUCACAGAGAUCUUUCAGAAACCGCUGAUGGAGUCUGAGCUGCUGACAGAAAAAGAGGUGGCUAUGAUUUUUGUUAACUGGAAGGAGCUGAUAAUGUGUAAUAUCAAACUGCUGAAAGCCCUCAGAGUUCGGAAGAAGAUGUCUGGGGAGAGGAUGCCCGUGAAGAUGAUUGGUGAUAUCCUGACAGCCCAGCUGCCCCACAUGCAGCCCUACAUACGUUUCUGUAGCUGCCAGCUCAAUGGAGCAGCCCUCAUCCAGCAGAAGACAGAUGAAGUCCCUGAGUUCAAGGAAUUUGUCAAAAGAUUAGCCAUGGAUCCUCGAUGUAAAGGGAUGCCACUCUCUAGUUUUAUUUUGAAGCCCAUGCAGCGGGUAACAAGAUACCCACUAAUCAUUAAAAAUAUCUUAGAAAACACUCCUGAAAACCACCCUGACUACAGUCACUUGAAACAUGCUCUAGAGAAGGCUGAAGAAUUGUGUUCCCAAGUCAACGAAGGUGUACGGGAAAAGGAGAAUUCAGACCGGUUGGAGUGGAUCCAAGCACAUGUGCAGUGCGAAGGUCUAUCUGAGCAACUUGUCUUCAACUCAGUCACCAAUUGCUUGGGACCACGGAAAUUCCUGCACAGUGGGAAAUUGUACAAGGCCAAGAGCAACAAGGAACUGUAUGGCUUUCUUUUCAAUGACUUUCUUCUUCUGACUCAGAUAAUAAAGCCUUUGGGUUCAUCUGGGACUGACAAAGUCUUCAGCCCUAAAUCUAAUCUGCAGUAUAAAAUGUAUAAGACGCCCAUUUUCCUAAAUGAAGUCCUAGUAAAAUUGCCCACUGACCCUUCUGGAGAUGAGCCCAUCUUCCACAUUUCCCACAUUGAUAGAGUCUACACUCUCCGUGCAGAAAGCAUAAACGAAAGAACUGCCUGGGUACAGAAAAUUAAAGCUGCUUCUGAAUUCUACAUUGAAACUGAGAAAAAGAAGAGGGAAAAGGCAUACUUAGUUCGCUCCCAAAGAGCAACAGGUAUUGGGAGAUUGAUGGUGAACAUUGUUGAAGGCAUUGAAUUAAAGCCCUGUUGGUCACAUGGUAAGAGUAAUCCCUACUGUGAGGUGACAAUGGGCUCCCAAUGUCAUAUAACGAAGACAAUACAGGAUACUCUAAACCCCAAAUGGAAUUCCAACUGCCAGUUCUUUAUCAAGGAUCUAGAGCAGGAUGUCCUCUGCAUAACUGUGUUUGAGAGGGACCAGUUCUCUCCUGAUGAUUUUUUGGGUCGGACAGAAAUCCGUGUGGCAGACAUUAAGAAAGAUCAAGGUUCAAAGGGGCCAGUUACCAAAUGCCUCCUUCUACAUGAAGUUCCAACAGGGGAGAUUGUUGUACGGCUGGAUCUGCAGCUCUUUGAUGAACCAUAGUGGGGCAGGAUUCCCACCAUAACUCUUCUCAUUCUGGCACCAGAGCCCUGCAGAAAUUAUCUGAAAUUUGGUAUUAUUUUUCUAAGUAGCCACUCCUAUUUAUUCAUCUAUAAAACAAUGGGAUUAAAUUAGGGGUGAGGGGCUUCCUAAGCUCCCAAGAUCACCUUUUGACAAUUCUUCCCAAAAUGACCAAUUCUAAUCUGUGAGGCAAAUCUGUGUUUUCACAUGUAGGCUUUCACUCUAGUUUCCAGGGUUUCUGAAAUCUUAUAGCUAGAGCCAAAACUGAUUCCUGUUCUAAAGUCUGAUCUGUCCUGUGGUUGGCUACAUCCAUUCUCUUUACUGCAUUAAUUGAUUCAGUAAUGUAACAUCUCUAAUUUUGAAGAUUUUAUGUAAUUCUUCUGACAUCUGCCUCCUUGUAGCCCCCACAUAAGCUCUUUGACAAUGAUUUCAGUCCCUUAGCGCUGGUUUAGCAAGUUUAGCUGGAUUGCAAGUGGAUACAUUCUAGGGGCAUGAGAUCUCCAUUUCCUUCAGGAUAACGUCUGCACAUUUCUUAUUUGGAAUGCUGACGUUGAAUCAUUUGGCAUAUGGAUGGUCUUCUGAACGUGUCACAGAAUUGGGCCUUUACGAGCUGGUUGAGCUGAAGAAUCCUGCUGUUGUAUCCUUAAUACUUGG